GGAAGCAGAAUAAAGCUGAACAACUCACUCGCUCCCCUUGGCUGCACAGCAGAGCAGAGCUCGGGCGCAGCCCAGCCGCGCACACGGGCGCCGCGGCGAUGCCCAACACGCUGCUCGUUUCGGUCGUCUGGCUGUGCUUUCUGCGGCCAGGGAACACCAACAAGAAAUUACCUGGAGUUGAGCAAUACGAAGUAGUUUAUCCACAGAAAUUGCACACAAUACAUAAAAGAGAUGCAGGAAGAAACAAUGCAAAGACAAAAUACGACGACACAAUGGUGUAUGGAAUCAAAGCCAGCGGAGAGGAAGUCAUACUUCACCUGCAAAAAAAUAAGCAUCUAUUAGCUAGAGACUACACUGAAACAGUUUACUCGGAUGACGGUCAACAAAUAACAACCAGUCCCCAGAUCAAGGAUCACUGUUACUACCAAGGUUAUAUUCAAAACGAUGCUGACUCAAUAGCAAGUAUCAACGCGUGCAAAGGUUUAAGUGGAUAUUUUGAGACCCAYGGUCAGAAAUACCUUAUUGAGCCCUUGGGAACCUCGGAUAGAGAAGAACACGCAGUCUAUAAAUACGAGAAACUUGAAGACAAGUCCAUAAAAACCUGCGGAGUCAUCAACAGUACCUGGGAACCGGAGGCAAACGACGCCAGCGAGAUCUUCAAAUCAAGCAGCGACCCAGAGAUGAAAGCAUAUCUGAAAGCCAAAAAAUAUCUGGAAGUUUACAUAGUUGCAGACAACACUAUGUUUAAGAAGUAUAACGAAGAUGUUAAAGCUGUAAGACAAAGGAUAUUUGGAAUAGUCAACUACAUCAACACGGUUUAUAAGGCCAUAAAUAUCCACGUGGCAUUAAUUGGCCUAGAAAUCUGGACGGAUAACGAUAAAUGCCGCCUGAGCCACGCGGCGGGUUCCACUCUGGACAGCUUCUCAAAGUGGCGUCGCUCCGAUUUACUGCAAAGGAAGAGAAAUGACAACGCUCAGCUGGUCACAGGGUUUGACUUUGAGGGCACUACAGUUGGACUAGCCUUUCUAAAAUCCAUAUGCAGUGAUGUAUAUUCUGCAGGUAUUAUUCAGGACCACAACAGAAAUGAAAUAGCGGUUGGAGCCACCAUGGCCCACGAGAUGGGCCACAACCUGGGCAUGAACCACGACACCAAGGCCUGCACGUGCAGUGCCAAAGUCUGCAUCAUGACCGACACUGUCAGCUCUUUAAUCCCCGAGAAGUUCAGCUCAUGCAGCCUCCAAGAUUUUGAGAAAUACAUAUUGAACGACAUGCCRAAGUGCUUAACUAACAUCCCAGACACAAGCAACAUCGUAGCCCCUCCGAUCUGCGGAAACAGCUUYGUGGAAAAAGGGGAAGAAUGCGACUGUGGGACUCCUGAGGAAUGCACCAACGCCUGCUGCGACGCCGAGACCUGCACGCUCAGCACGGGGGCCCAGUGCGCGCACGGCGAGUGCUGCGAGAACUGCCAGUACAAAAAGCCCGGAGCUGUUUGCCGGGCGGUUAGGCACGACUGCGACCUGGCCGAGAUGUGCACGGGCGCCUCCGAGAAGUGCCCCGCGGACCGCUUCCGUGUGAACGGGCACCCCUGCGACGCCGGCAAAGGCUACUGCUACAUGGGAAACUGUCCCACCCGGGAAGGCCAGUGCAAAGCUGCUUUCGGGCCGCAGGCUACCGAAGGUGCAGCUUCCUGUUACCGGAUGAACGAGAAAGGGGUAUAUUAUGGAUACUGCAGAAAAGAAAAAGGUAGUCACUCCCCAUGUAAGAAAAAAGAUAUCAUGUGUGGGAAGUUGUUCUGUGCUGGGGGGAGSAAAAUGCCUCUGUACGGGAGCCUGGUGACUUUUGAGUCAUGCAGAGCCAGCUUUCCACACCUYGGAGAACCAGAUCCAGGGAUGAUCCUCAAUGGAACCAAGUGUGGUGAUGGAAAGGUGUGCAGCAACGGCGAGUGUGUCUACAUCGAGGAUGCCUUCAGAUCCACCAACUGCUCCGCAAAGUGCACCGGACACGCUGUGUGUGACCACGAGCUGCAGUGCCAGUGCGAGGAAGGCUGGGCGCCGCCCAACUGCGACAGCUCGACRGCCGUCACCACUUUCGCCAUCGUGGCCGGGGUGCUGGUCGUCCUCGCCGUCACGGCCGCCGCCGCAACGCUGCUUCUCCGCUUCCGAGUGCUCAAGAGCUGCCAGGSCCGGAGGGGUCCCGGAGCUACGAACCAAGUGUUUGGGAACCAGGAGCAGCUCACGGCAGCGGCAGCUCCCGCACGGACGGUAAGCGUGCACGACAAGAAACUCCUCCUUCCCGUCCCCGUGCCGCAGGAGGCCAGGCCGCCGCRCCACAGCCCUGCCAUAAGGCCRAAAGGGCCCCCACCUCCCGUCCCAUCCAGCAAACCAGCCUCUGCUCCCGCUGAAGAAAGCUCCGCACCAGAAAGAAAAUGCGCUCCCUUGCCAGUUCCCAAAGGGAAACCUCCACCUCCACCAAAGGCUUUAAAACCUCCUGCUAAYCCCCGAGUGUGAAGCAUCUGAAACAGGGCUCAUCAAGAUUCCAAAAUUUUCAGGGACACUUCAUUUGUCCUGCGAUUCCUCCAUUUUUGG